AUGGACCGCGAUCAAUUCAGAACCGCUGCCCAUUCAGCGGUAGAUGACAUCAUCAACUACUUUGACAGUGUUCCCGACCGGCGCGUCACCCCCACCGUCAACCCAGGCUACCUACGUCCUCUAAUCCCCGAACAUCCCCCCGCUGAACCGGAAGAAUGGUCGCAGAUCCAGACGGACGUCGACACCAAAAUCAAGCCUGGCCUCACACACUGGCAACAUCCGAACUUCCUGGCCUUCUAUCCCGCGACGGUCACCUAUCCUAGCAUCCUGGGCGAGAUGUACUCCGCUGCCUUCAACGCCCCCGCAUUUAAUUGGCUGUGCUCGCCGGCCUGCACAGAGCUGGAAACAAUUGUCUUGGAUUGGGUUGCGCAGGCAUUGAACCUACCGAAAUGCUUCUUGAGUUCGUCAGAGAACAAGGGUGGUGGUGUUCUUCAAAAUAGUGCGAGUGAUACAAUUGCCACCAUGAUGAUCGCUGCUCGGGAGCGACGGGUGCGCGAGCUAGCGUUAGCGGAGGGUCUGAAGGAGGGUACUCUUGAAUAUGAGGACCGACUAAUGGACAUCCGGCCGAGAUUGGUCGCAUUGGGAAGCAACCAGGCACACAGUAGUACCCCGAAGGGUGCAUUGAUUGCAGGCACGCGGUACCGUAGCGUCCCCGCCAAGCUGGAGAAUAACAUGGAGAUGACCGGGGAAGAUCUACGGUGGCUUCUGGAGCAAUGUGAAAGGGACGACCUGACACCGUACUACAUCACUCUGAGCAUGGGAACAACGAGCACGUGCGCUGUGGAUCGUAUCGCGGAGAUCACGGCCGUGCUCCGGGAGAAACCCUCGUGGCAGAGGAUCUGGGUGCAUAUCGAUGCAGCGUAUGCCGGUUCGGCUUUGAUUGCAGACGAGUUCCAGUAUAUUACCAAGGAUCUUGCCGAAGGAAUUGACAGUUUCAAUUUCAAUAUGCACAAAUGGUUGCUGGUCAACUUUGAUGCAAGCUGUCUCUUUGUUCGAAACCGCUUCGACCUCACAGAUGCCCUGGAUAUCACCCCCGCCUACCUGCGCAACCCCUACUCCGAGUCCGGCCAGGUGAUCGACUACCGUAACUGGAGCAUUUCCCUCGGUCGCCGAUUCCGCGCUUUGAAGAUCUGGUUCGUCAUGCGCAGUUACGGUCUUACCGGGCUGAAAGCACACAUCCGGCAAACGAUCAGAGUAGGCGAAGAGUUUACAAGCCUAGUGCGCAGUCGGUCCGAUCUUUUUGAAAUCAUCACCCGGCCCGCGUUUGGCUUGACCGUUUUCCGUAUUAAAGACCCCAGAACACAGGCCAAUGGAUCCUCGGUCAACGGAACUGCCGUCGCGCACCCUAAUGAGAAGUACGACACCCUGACGAAGGAAGUCUACGAACUCAUCAACUUGCGCGGCGAGAUCUUUAUCACCUCCACUGUUAUCGCUGGUAUCUAUGCGAUCCGCGUGGUGUGCGCCAACGAAGCGGCGGAGGAGAAAUACCUCCGGCGGGCGUUUGAGAUCAUCACAACCACUUCGUCCCACGUCCUGGUAACAGGAGCUACAGGCUUCAUUGGCGCCCAUGUAGUUGACAACCUGCUCGCGCGCGGCAUAAGUGUCCGCGCAGCAACGCGCUCAAGCCAAAAAGGAGAACAGAUGAAAGCCGCUCGGCUGCAACACGCCUCGCGACUCGAGUUCGUCGAGAUAAAAGACUUCUCCCAAAUCGGAGUCUUCGACAAUAUCAUGGACGACAUCGACGGCGUAAUCCACGUCGCAAGCCCAUUCACAUACAACACAAACAACAACGAACAAGAACUCAUAAUUCCCGCCAUAAAUGGCGUAAAGUCCAUCCUCUCAGCAGCCGCAAAACAGCCCCUCAUCAAACGCCUCGUUCUAACCUCCUCCUUCGCGUCCGUGGUCGACAUUAACAAAGCCCCCGACCCCGAUUUCACCUACACCGGCACCCACUGGAACCCACUCACCUACGAGGAGGCGAUCUCCCCGGCCACAGACGCGGUGGUAGCAUAUCGGGGCUCGAAGAAAUUCGCCGAGCUAGAAGCGUGGGGGUUCAUGGAGCGGGAGAAGCCGUCAUUUGAGCUCGUUACGCUUUGUCCGCCCAUGACCUUUGGUCCGGUUGUGCAUCCUGUUGCUGGCGUGGGGGCGUUGAACGAGUCGAAUGCGGUGUUGUGGAGUAUUGCUGCGGGAGCGGAUCCGUUGCCUGUUGCGAGGGUUUCGGCGUGGAUUGAUGUGAGGGAUUUGGCGGAAGCUCAUGUACAGGCACUGCUUAGGCCGGGGGUUGGUGGCAGGCGGUACGUGCCUGCUUCUGGGGAGGCGUUUUCGUAUGAGGUUGCGGCGGAUAUUAUUAAAAGGAGGUUUGCGUGGGCGGGGGAGACGGUGACAGGGAAUUAUGAGAGUGGGAGGAGGCCAUUGCCGGGGUAUAGGUUGGAUGGGGAGGCCGUGACGAGGGAGUUGGGGGUUGAGUUUAGGAGGUUUGAGGAGACGGUGGUGGAUUUGGUGGGACAGGUUAAGGAGAGGUUUGCCUGA